UGCAACGGCGUCUCUCGCUUUAUUAUAACAGCACUGUGUGAUUUCGUUCGCGAUGACAAGUGUUUCUGAAGCAACUUAUAAAGGGAACUGAUAGCAGAAGAUGUAGUUCAGUCUCCGAUCUCGCGCUCGUUCAUGCAUCAUUUCGAGCUGAUCGUGCGCCCCAGUUUUCUCGUGAUCAGUGAGCGAGUGUACCGCGAAAUUCUGAACGAUUUUUCAAAGAAUAAAAAGGGGGGAAACGUUUUGUAACGAUCAAGGAAAAGUGUAAUAACAUCUAGACUUCUUCUUCCUGGAACGUUCGACUUCCUUGUGCUUCUGUCCGUGGCAAGGGGAAGAGUACAAAUUUUACUUCGCUGAGAAAAUUAAAUAAAUUUCAGUAGUAUAGCCGCCAUUCAUGGAGAAUUACACGUCAGACUCGAGCGAUUCGGAUUCCAGCGCGAAGACGCUGGAUCUGUCCUACUUGAUGCUGGACACCCAGGUGUUGAACGACCAUUUCGUGAACGCCAAGUGUCCUCAGCAAGUGGACACGCUGUUGCUCCACCAGAACCGGCUGGCCAACAUUCCGCAGAACAUCGUCAGAUUCACGAACUUAAAUUCCUUGGACAUAUCGAACUGCGGCUUGAACGAGCUGCCGGAUUUCCUUGGGGACUGCCCGUUGUCCUGUCUGGUAGCGAAACACAACAACCUGACAAACGAUUCUCUGCCGAAAUGCUUCGAGAAUCUGUCGGGUCUCAGGGAGUUGAAUCUCAGUGGGAAUAGACUGACGGAAUUCCCGGAUCAAAUUCUCGAAAUCGCCGAGCUGAAGUACCUCUACCUGGGUGGAAAUUACAUCAGUGACGUUAGCAAGGAUGUUUGGAAAUUGCAAAGAUUGCAAGUGUUAUCGAUGGGAGGCAACAGGCUAACGGAGGUUCCAUCCACGUUAGGCGAGCUCAAGUGUCUCCAGGCGUUGGUACUAUGCGAUAACAUGCUGGAGAAUUUACCUAGCUCCAUAGCGAAGCUGACGAACCUGAAAUCGUUGUUGCUUCAUAAAAACAGACUUAGAACACUGCCGACUGAAAUUAUUACUUUGAAGUGUUUAACCGAGUUAUCGUUGAGAGAUAAUCCACUGGUAGUAAGAUUCGUAUCGGACAUGACGCACAAUCCUCCAUCCCUUCUGGAACUGGCUGCCAGAGUGAUCAAGACUGCCGACAUUCGGUACGACGAGGAGAGUUUACCGAAAAACCUAGUGGAGUAUCUAAACAGCGGUCAUCGUUGCGUCAAUCCGAAGUGUAAAGGUGUAUUCUUCUAUAACAGAGUGGAACACGUGAAAUUCGUCGAUUUCUGUGGCAAAUAUCGUCUGCCAUUGUUGCAGUACCUUUGCAGCAGGAAGUGCGUGGAGUCGCGUGAUGGCGACGAAGUGGUCAGCGGCGCCAUGAUAAGGAAAGUUCUCCUCGGUUGACGAAUAAGUCGCUAUAGUUCCUUUCAUCUUAAAGAUAUGAUCAUGCGUUUGAAAAACGAUGGGAAAGGAUCAGUGUUGGAUGUUCGAGUUAGGUCUCAAUUCUCUUUUCUUCAAAUUCGACAUUUGACAAACGCCGUCGUCGACAGUCGCAUCGGAAACUAAUUACACCAGUUAUACUAAUGGAAUUAGACAAUCGUUUCCUGAAUCCCAACGACUAUUCUUGUUGGAUUCAAUCAUCCAGACGUCGCGUUUGGAACUUGAACUUUUCCCAAGGAUUGCCUCCAUCUGAAAGAAAUCUCUCCAUUUAUCUCCAAUAUUUACCAUUUGUAUUUUACAAAAAUAAACUUGUUGUUGAGUUGA